AUGAGAAGAAAUUUAAAAACUGUGUUAAAAUAUCUUUUAAUUUCGUCCGUGACUGUAGUGUUUACUGUGCUGUUUUAUAGGAUAUUUAAAACUAGAGACUUUAGGACGGACAAUGUAAUUUAUAUUGGUGCUAAUAAUAUUGGUGUGGAACCUCUUGCUCCCGAAGAGGUGGUCUUAAUUGACAAUGAAAAAAUAGAUUGGCAUGAUUAUGAUAGGAUCAAAAGGGAUGCACUGAGAACUGGUAGAGGAGAACAAGGCAAAGCAGAACACUUGUAUAGUAACGAGACUGACCAAUAUGAUGCUCUUUACAAAGUAAAUGGAUUUAAUGCGGCACUUAGUGAUAAAAUUGCUUUAGAUAGAGCCAUACCUGACAUCAGACAUCCAGGAUGUAAAGCCAAGAAGUAUUUGAAGAAUCUUCCAUCGGUAAGUGUAAUAGUUCCUUUCCAUAAUGAACACUGGACGACGUUAUUACGAACAGCUGUGAGUGUCAUCAACAGAUCACCUCCCCAUCUCUUAAAAGAAAUAAUUUUAGUAGACGAUUUCAGUAACAAACCUUUUAGCAAAAAACCUCUGGAUGAUUAUUUAGCUGCAAAUUUAACUAAAGUUAGAGCCAUACAUUUACCUGAAAGAAGUGGUCUAAUCAGAGCUAGAUUAGCGGGUGCCAAAGCAGCUACAGCUGAAGUGUUAAUAUUUUUAGAUUCCCAUACUGAAGCCAAUGUUAAUUGGCUUCCGCCUUUGUUAGAACCAAUUGCUCAAGAUUACAAGACUUGCGUAUGCCCUUUUAUAGAUGUGGUAGCGUUCGAAACUUUUGAAUACCGAGCUCAAGAUGAGGGUGCUAGAGGAGCUUUUGACUGGGAAUUUUUUUACAAAAGACUGCCAUUGCUGCCCGAAGAUUUACUGCAUCCUACUGAACCAUUCAGGAGUCCGGUCAUGGCAGGUGGACUUUUCGCUAUCAGCGCCAAAUUUUUCUGGGAAAUAGGAGGAUAUGACGAAGGUCUGGAUAUUUGGGGAGGAGAACAGUACGAACUUAGUUUUAAGAUUUGGCAAUGUGGUGGACAGAUGUAUGAUGCACCAUGUUCCAGAGUUGGUCAUAUUUACAGGAAAUAUGCACCCUUUCCUAAUCCAGGAAAAGGUGAUUUUGUUGGAAGGAACUACAAAAGAGUUGCAGAAGUAUGGAUGGACGAAUAUGCCCAAUAUUUGUACAACAGGAAGCCCUAUUGGAAGACCCUUGAUGAAGGCGACCUUACAGCUCAGCGCGCCAUUAGGGAAAAACUGCAAUGUAAAUCGUUUAAAUGGUUCAUGGAAACAAUUGCAUUUGACCUUCCUUUGAAGUAUCCUCCUAUUGAACCACCAGAUUUUGGAUACGGAGAGAUGCGUAAUCUUGGAGUACCAGAAUUGUGCGUGGACGCUACAAACAAAAACAACCAAGGCGAUGUGUUGGUAGUUGCUACAUGUAUAAAAGAUUCAGGAAAACAUGGAAGUCAAAACUUUACCCUGACUUGGCACAAAGACUUGAGAGUAAACAAAAAGACUAUGUGUUUGGAUGUUUCGGAUCCCAAUGAAAAAGCUGAAGUAACUUUAUAUGGUUGCCAUGGGAUGAAGGGUAAUCAAUAUUGGAAGUAUGAUACAGAGAAACAAUGGUUUGUCCACGGCGGCAAUCCAAGAUGCCUAGAUAUAGAUCCUGGUCAGAAACGACUGUAUGUUAGUCGGUGUGACUCUGCAUCCAAAACACAAAAAUGGAGGUUUGAAAACGUUAAUUUAACUGCUAUUGCUAAUUGGGAAAACGUUGGUGUCUAA